GUGAUCCUCUUAAAAUGACAUCACUUCCGGGUGAAAGGUAAAGGUCACGCCCCCUUUUGAUAAAUAAGAAUUGAAACAGUUACUAAAAAGUAUGCCAUCGGGGAAGAAAUUAAUCAAUACAGUAGAACGAUGUGUGGACGAGAAUUUAGAGGGUCUUGUCAUGGUCAAUCCUGGUCUGCGAUUGGUCAAAGGACAUCGGGUGAUUGUACGUGCAGAUAUUGAAGAAUACAAAGCAGCAGGGAAAGUUGGGUUAAUCUCAGGAGGAGGCUCAGGUCACGAACCAGGACAUGCAGGUUAUGUGGGGCCUGGUAUGUUGACAGCCAGUAUAGCAGGGUCCGUGUUUACAUCUCCACCCCCAGGAGACAUCCUUGCUGCCAUACGAGCUGCUGGAAAAGGAAAUCCAGCUGGGGUACUCCUCAUAGUUAAAAGCUACACAGGGGAUCGCUUAAAUUUUGGUAUAGCGGCAGAGAAGGCCAUGAAUGAAGGCAUUCCAGUCAGUAUCGUCGUGAUUGGCGAGGAUUGUGCGCUUAUGUCAGAUGAUAAAACUGCUGGGAGGAGGGGUCUGUGUGGGACCCUCUUCAUUCAUAAGAUUGCAGGGGCUUUAGCAGAGGAAGGAAAAAGUUUAGAAGAAAUCUUGGCCAGAACCCAGUCAGCGGCUAACUGCAUGGGCACAUUGGGAGUGUGCCUCUCUCCCUGCAGUGUCCCUGGCUCUGAUGCCACUUUCCAGAUAGGACUUGAUGAGAUGGAGGUUGGCCUUGGUCUGCAUGGAGAAGCAGGUGUGAAGAGAAUGAAGCUUAUGUCUGCUAAAGACACCAUCAAAGUGAUGAUAGACCAUAUGACUAAUACAAAAAGCAGCACCCAUAUCAAUAUCAAAAAAGGAGAUAGGAUAGCUCUAAUGGUGAAUAAUCUGGGUGCCACUACAGUGCUGGAGAUGAACAUCUUAGUCAGAGAGGCAAUAUUGUUCUUGGAAAGUAAAGGUGUGGUCGUGGAGAGAGCGUAUUGUGGUUCAUUUAUUACAUCAUUGGAGAUGUCAGGCAUUUCACUCUCAGUGCUCCAUUUAGAUGACACCAGGCGAAGAUGUUUAGAUGCAAGUACAGAGGCCCCUGGGUGGCAGAAACCAUAUCUGCCCCAGGGGGUGAGUGAACGCACCACCCCUUUAGCCAUAGACCUAGGAGAGGAGCCUGAAGUACAUGUGGACAAUGCUAAUCUUAGAGGCAUGGGAGUCACGCCAGAGAACAGUCAGUUACUAUACAAUGUAUUGAGUCAUGUGUGUCAAGAGCUUGUGAGUAGCGAGAACCAUUUGAAUGUGUUGGACUCAAAAUGUGGAGAUGGGGAUUGUGGCACCACUCUGAGGCGAGGCUCAGAGGCAAUAUUAAAGAGGUUGGGUCUCCCCGAGUCCCCCAGUCUACCAGUACAUUACCCCCACAGUAUGUUACUUGCUGUGGCACAGAUUGUAGAGGAGGAGAUGGGAGGAUCAUCAGGGGCAUUAUACAGUCUUUUCUUUACUGCGGCAGCUAAACCUUUGACUACACACGUGACAAGCCAGGCUUGGGUGGAUGCACUGCAGGCUGGCAAUGAUGCUAUAACAAGGUAUGGCAGGGCAGAGCCAGGGGACAGAAGUAUGUUAGAUCCUCUACAUACUGCCCUCCAAGUACUUAAGGAAAACAUUGCCAACCCUCGUGAAGCUAUCCAGAAAGCAGCAGAUGCUGCACAGGCCAUGGCCCUGCAUACAGCUGAGAUGAAGCCUGUUGUAGGCAGGUCUAGUUAUGGGCGAAAGGAGAACUGGAAUCAACCAGACCCAGGGGCUGUGGCUGUUGGUAUUUGGAUGAAUGCAAUUAGCUCAGCAGUCAACAAAUAAUUUGAUGUCUGAGAUGGGAUGUGCAUAUUUGGAAUUCCAGUCACGUAGAAAUAUGUCCCGUAAUUGGACUUGGACCAUGUCAGCAUUACUGUACCCUGAUUGGUCAGUUUGGUUAAUGAUGUAACCUAUUCCACCCGUACUGAUAAAAUAAUCUCCCGACCAGUUAGAUGUACCUAAAAAGAUAUGACGAUCUUCAUUUGGAUAUUAUAUAUGCAUAGAAUAUACUCAUAUAGUAGAGCAGUAUGUAAACAGAGAACACCUAUCUACAUGUCGUAAGGACACAUUUCUGGCACUGAAUGCCCUCCUGUUCAUUCCCAUGUUAAGUGUGCAAAUAUGACUACUCAAACUCGUACCAGUUAGGAAGGUUUCACUGUACAGAAAGUCCUGCAAUGACA